CUUUGCACAAAACAAUCCCAUCACUUUGGUCUUUAUUUUCUUUCAAUAGCAUCAUCCAAAAUGGGACCUCCCACAAACCAGAUCACCGUUAUCCCUAAUCCUGCUGUCAAAGACACCAGGGGGAACAUUCCCGGCAUCCCUGAUUCUGUCAAAAAAACAUCUCACAUUCACCUGAAAUUUGGUGUUACUGGAAGCCGCCAGUUGUCACUUCAAGUUUACGAUACUACAAACAUUACCAACCCUACCGAGUAUGCGGACAAUGGAGCUUCCGUGGGAUUCAUUCAUGAGCCUGGUACACUGGCAGGUGCCAUACAGAAUAACAUCCCUGUUAUAUACGGCAUUGCCUCCUCAGGAACAUCCGAUAACAAGGACACUGGCGUCUGCAAACUGAGCCCUUACUACAAUCCCAUCCUGAAAUCUAAUCCAACAAGUGAAAAAGAUGCAGGGGUUGUCACCACCAAUCUUUGGUCUCUUACAGCUUGCGACGACGGGGGUCAGAAAAACUGGGUCUACUUUCUCAGAAAUGUAGGCGAUGACACGAAUCCGAAAAUUGUUUUGGUCCAGCUAGACGUGGAUCCGCUCGAUCGAGCCGACGAGACUAUCUUAGAAUUGAACUAUAGUGCCGGUGCUGGAUCGCGACUUGCCUCCUUCUUUGACGAAAGUCCAUAUGUAUUCUACGUCCACGACGCAGAGGAUGAGCUUGGGAUCUAUUACGUCAAUGCGACCACCCCUAAGUCAGCAAAUCGGAUCAACGACACUUCAACUGUCAAGACCAAGAGUCCUUUGGCGAUAGUGACGAACGCUUCCACAAACGACAGGAAUGACAUAACGUUACAGCUUACGCUGUACUUCGUCAAUAACAACGGGUAUCUCUCCUAUGUUCUUGGAACACUUGAUAAUGGCUACAUCACCUGGGAUCAAACCCACCAGAGCCUACAGAAUAUCAGGGUAGAUCAGACGUCUUCGCUGGCCGUGAUCAGCGGAGCAGACAACAAAACCCAUUAUAUCUACGUUGUCCCCAGGGAGGGUCAAGCUGGUGGCUAUGUGGUCAAGACAGCCACUCCGUGGCAACGGAGAGUUGCACCCCCGUCUUGAUUUGGUGGUAUGGUUGGAAGGGACAUGUAAUUUAUUUUCUAGUAAAUUGCCUGCUCCUGUUCUAAUCAUUGUCAGUCAUCCAUUUAUUCAUCAUGUAAUAAGUCCAUCGGCAGUAGUCCCGAAGUUGUAG